AUGUCUCUCCGGGCCCUGAGUUCCCUUCUCAUCCGAAGGUUCUCGUCACACCGGAUCCCCGCCGCGCAGGCGGCGCAGGCGGAGACCAUAGGGUCGGCGUCGGGGAGGCCAACACGCUCUCUCCACACUCUGAGCAAUCCGGACGCUGCCGUGGGCGCUCGUGGUGCUUUGGCCGUGGCCGGGUUGGCUGCACUGGUCGGAAUCGUGUACCUCAAGAAAGAUGACAAAGCUGGCGAGGUGACCGACGAGGGGGCCAGCAACGUGGUGGUGACUGACAUGGAGGCGGCUCUAAAUGAUCCAGCCAUCGUGGCAAUGUUCGUGGAUAAAGAUGGCAACAUUGCCCGGAUGGAGUACAAUGAUUACCUCAUUUUUCGCAUGCAGUAUCUUGAUGGGAAGGUGGCCGUGGAGCAGGAGGGCAACGUGAUGAAGGCUGAUGAGGCAGUGAUGAAGAAAAGGUUUGAGGAAUGGAGGAAGGAGCAUGACGAGGCGUACGAGAACCACAGGAAGAUGGUCAUGGAGCAGGAGUACAAGGUUGAUGAGGCAGUGAUGAAGAAAAGGUUUGAGGACUGGAUGAAGGAGUAUGGCCGGACCUACAAGGACGAGGAGGAGAAGGCUCGACGAACUUAG